CGUUGUUGCCGCCGACUCGCUCUGAUUGGCUCCGCUCGAACACUGCCUUGCAGCGAUUGGUUCGGGGCGAGGCUAACCCCUCAGCAUGAGACAGGCGCCCCUAUUGGUCAACCUCAAGCCUAGGCAUCCUCUGAUAGUCCGCCGUUCCCCCAAUACUCGCCUCCCAUUGGUCGCUCGCCCUCCAACGUUUGAAUCUGAUUGGCUCCUGCAUCCGGCGUUCCAUCCAAUGGUAGGCCCCCUUAUUUUUUUUCUUCCUUUCGCUGGAACGCAGACGCAUGAGUGCUGCGCUCUGAUUGGCCCAGGAGGAUGCAGGAACCAGUUUGAAUUGUCAAAGAGGAUGCUGAUUUUGGAGAAGGACUUCAGGCAGAUAAUGUCAAUAUAGCUGUAACUUAACCUGAGUAUUUGGGAGAACAAAAUGGCCAAAGAUAAGCAAUGGCAACAUAAGCUGAGAAGAGCCAGGGCAAAAUAUCUGAGGAAAAGGAGGAAAGGGGUCAUUCAAACUCAGCAUACAAGUCCUCUCCCUUCAAAGCCCCCAGUUGUACCCUGUAUUCAGAGUAGACCCUUUUCCUCCUGGUUUUCAGCUGUGCUGAGCGUAAGAGACACAGUGAAACCUUUGCUGACCACCGUGACAUCUUUCUGUUCGUGGUGCCAGAAAGUUAUUGGCGAGAUCUUCCACGUCAUAAAAAGCUCAGCUUUUCCAUCACCCGCGUCUCGGCAGGAGCUGAACGCACUCAGGGAGCGGUUAGAGAAGUUGGAAACUGAAUUUUCAAGGCUCCGGUCAUUGGUUCAGAAUGGAGCUGCUGCAGCUACCUCUUGCCAAAAUUCAGGGAGUCCGUUUUUGGCUUUUCCUGCACACACGCAGCUUGACUGUCAAGGACCAGUAUCUCUGCCUUCACAAGUGCCAGUGCCACCUGCGCCGCCACCGCCGCCACCGCCUCCUCCUCCACCUCUCCCUCCGCCUCCACUACCACAAGCACCUCUUUGCUUCAAAAAGACUGGAGGUUCCAAGACACAGGCAGCUUCGUUGCCAAAAGAUGUGCCCAUGCAAAUAACGCUCCAGGACCUCCUGAAUGUAAAACUAAAGAAAACGCAAAAUGGCAAUGGAGUUGAGAAGAAAAGAUCGCCAUUUGAGCAGCGCAAGGCGUUAGUUACGGUCUCGGAUUUACAGAGCAUCAGCCUGAAAUCCAAAGCUCCACAGCCACUUGUCCGCGCCACUAAUAAUUUAAUCACUCCCAGCCGAAGUGCCUUAGACUUCCGAAAACACCUGAAAAGGGUUGCUAUUAAGAGGAGCCCAGGUGGAACGCCAUUAACUAACAAAGAGAAUGCUGAGACUGGCACAGGGCUGACGCCCAUCAUGACCCAGGCUCUUCGGCGCAAGUUUCAGUUGGCUCACCCAAAGAGCCCUUCUCCGGCACGAUUACCUACGGGAGGCAGCUUCGAAGAGCAAAGCUAGCACAACAUCUUGUGAUAUGAAGCCUACCGUGGCCCUCCUCUGUCUUCUGCUGGACACUACUGUUACGGAAAGAAUUUGUUCAUGAGAAAGUGUAUGGCUGGAAAGGGGAAAUGAGCUUGGAAACCCUCUAAAGCAGCAUUGGAAAGAGCGGCUGUUGGCCACUCUUGGCAACUCCCAGCAACCUUCAGUUGCAUAACUGUUGGGGAGGAUUGCUGGGAGUUGCGAUCCAACAAUCUUUGGAAGAACAGACUCCCCCCGGCCCUUUAAUGCACUCUUGGCCAACCUGACGCUAUUCAAGUAUGUUGGACUACAACUCCCAGAAGGUGCUAGUCAGCUAUUCUUGUUGUGGUUGAGAAUAUCUAGACGUUGGGGAGCACUGUGUCAAAGCACAGGUGGGGAAUCUGUGACUCAUUGGACUACGCUGGACUGAAACAUUCAUCAUCCCCAGCCAUAAUGUUAAGAGGUUAUGGGAAUCAGAGCAUGGAACCCGAAGCCCUCUAUACUGUUCCCAUGAUCCCUGUGACCAUUGGACCUGCUGCAAGUUGUAGGCCAACAUCUAGGUGGCUGAAAGUUCUCCAUCCUCAUGUUUCCUUAUGGGGAAUUGGCCUCUCACACCUUGUUUAAUGGUGCUUGUUUGGGCCCUAAAGCAUUGCAUUUUAAGUGAAUUUUAAUCUCCCUCUUUUAAAAAACAAAACAUGGUUGUUGUUUUUUAAAUAUUUUGAGCAAUAUUUGUACAUUGGACAAAACAGUAUUUUUGAAGCCAUGGAAGAAUGGCAGUCAUUCUGAGCUAUUACUUCCCUGUUUGUACUGGCUCCUCCAGUGAGUAAAACAGAUAGCUAUGGAGUUGGAGAAAGUGCAAUACGGUUAUCUAACACAAAAUCAAAGCUUGGAACCAUUACUUUUGGGGGGAUUUCAACUUCCAGAAUCCAACAGCCACCAGAGUCACUGUAUAGAAUAUAUUGAAAGUUGCAGUCCAUAAAAAAGUUGCUCAAAGCAGCUUACCAAAUAUAAUAUAAUAUAAAAUAUAAAUAGAAGAAAUUUUUAGGCAUGUUCACACCAAGCUAAAAGCAACUGUGUAAGAGCCAAUACACUCCAUAAAUUAAGCAAAACAACACUCGCUUGCUUUAAAAAAACAACUAUUAUUACUGUUUAUGCUGCUGUUAAAAUAUUACAUGUUUACACUUUGUGGUUUUUACCCUCAACUCAUUUUAAUGCUGUUUUAUUCAUGAAAACCUAACCGCCUCUGUGUCUGUUUUCCACCCUUGAAAACACUCUUACUCUUGUUAUCUGCUUGUGGCACUAUCUUGAACCAAAUGCCGAUACAAAACCGUGCAAUUGUUGUAAAACGGCAUUGAUUGGUAAUCAGUUUUUAUUAAACUGAAUGUCAUAU